AUGGCGCACAUCGACGAUGGAGCCCGAAGCUCUUUCAAAAUAUUUGCUAACAUUUUCAUCUCAUUCAUUGGUUCUGGAAUCCUUGCCUUGCCAUAUGCUUUUAAAGAAGCUGGUGUCAUCGAAGGCAGUUUAAUUCUAUGUAUUGUUGGUUUAUUAAGUAUCAAGGCGAUGCUUUUGCUAAUCGAUUGUAAAGAUGAAAUUAGUACUUCCAGAAGAUGGACACGAACCGUUAAUAAUAAUAAUCUUAAUGAAGAAGACUCUGCAUUUAAAGCCAAACCAGUAGAAGUUAGCUAUGGCGAUUUAGGAUUUUAUGCACUCGGCUAUUCUGGACGGAUAUUAGUUGAAACUGCGAUAAUCAUUUCACAAACUGGAUUUGGAUGUGCGUAUUUAAUUUUUAUCACCGAGAAUUUAAAAACCAUGGUGGCCGAUUAUCGAAUGUUAUAUUAUUUAAUCAUUCUACUACCUCCAUUAUUUCUGUUGGUUUGUUUGAAAAGUUUAAAAAGCCUUGCUGUAUUCAGCCUCUUUGCUGAUUUUGCCAAUGUUUUAGCCUACGGAGUAGUAUUUUGGUUCGACUUUGCUCAUUUUGGCUCCAUUGAAAUUCAUCCCAGGGUUAUGUCUCUUGAUGGAUUAGCUUUCUUUCUUGGAAUUUCAAUAUACUGUUAUGAGGGUGCCGGGAUGAUUUUAGAGCUGCAUGCCUCUGUUGCGGCCGAUAGCAAAGAUAAAUUUAAAAAUCUAUUCAAGAUUUCAUUAGUUCUAAUUACGGUGUUAUAUAUCGCCUUUGGAAUGUGUGGCUACUUGUCCUUUGGACCUGCUACAAACAAUAUUAUAACGUUAAAUCUACCACCUGGUGUGAUGCCCUUAACCGUCAAAAUAUGCCUGUGCUUCGCUCUAUUUUUCACUUACCCAAUGAUGAUGUUUCCUGUUAUCCACAUCUUGGAAGAAAAAUUCCUAAUCCGUAAUAAUUCUACUAGCGCUGGGCUUCUACUUCGCGCCGGAACGGUAUUGCUGACUGGAGUAAUUGUCCUUGCUAUUCCAAAUUUUUCCACGUUGAUGGCACUAGUUGGGUCAUGCUGUUGUACAUUGCUAGCAUUUAUUUUGCCUGGAUGGUUUCACCUUUGUAUAUUUCGUGGUGAAUUGACUAAAACUCAGGAGGUAUUAGACUAUGGGCUAAUCGUGAUUGGAUUCAUUGGGUACGAAGGACGCUUUGGGAAGACUGAUGACGUCGGCACACUAGACGUUGGAAUCACUAAACAUACCGCAAUAUUUAUGAUUCUCUUUCUCCGAUUGCAAAGUUUUGCAAUGUGA